AAUUGCCAUUCGUUUACGUCAUUUCUGACCAAAUGACUACAUUUCCCACAAACCCUUUCGCCCAGAAGAACAUGGCGGGUUUGUGGACGUAUGAGCUUCUUGUCGAUUAAUAAAAGCUUUUUAAUUAUCAUCCGAUCAUCUCAGCAAACGGAAUAUUUCUGAACAGGUCAAAAUGAUUCGCCGGUCAAGAAUAAGUAUUCGGCCAAAUGUCAGUCGACCUGCAGCAGGAAGAACUGCAACAACCCUUCAGGAAAGCAGUACAAAAGUUAAUCAUGAGACCACCGAGACGCCCAGAGAGGUCAGUGAAGGCACCACCGCUGCUGUCGUGGUGACAGACGAACCUGUUGUUGACCCCUCAGAAAAAACUCUGGCAUCCAGGGAUGAAAGUGAUCAAAAUGGUGAAGGCACCAGCACCUCAGCUGUCGUGCAGAGAAGGAAACGGCUUAGCAUCAAGCCCAAAGUGGCCACAGGUCGUACACCCGCACUCGCUAGGACGCCAAAGUCUCCUGUCAAGACAGUCUCUGAAUCUGCAUUGGAAGUUCAUAGUUCAGACCAUGAUGAGCCAUCUACUUCCAGCCAGGGUGGAAUCACAGCCCCACAGGGUCUCCCAUCCCCAAGCCACUGUGGUCUUUCAGAAGAUAACACCAAACCUCAACCUACCACCACUUCUGCUGCCAGUUCAGCAUCUUCAGCUGUUUCUCUACCUGAGAACUUACUCAAACCAGCCCAUCAACUUGAGGACACAAACAAAAAACUGGACAGUCGUCAAAUUAAAGUUAUUCCUUCCAGACCAGUAGACACAGUCCCACUGGUUCUACCAGACAAAGGAGCUACUGAAAUAUCAGAGAAAGCCAGAACUAUAGUGUCUUCUAAGAGCAGACUUUCAGUGUCAUUGCCGGAGCUCUCCUUAAGUAGACUCCUGAAUGACCCAUCAGAUGUUCAGAAGAUGAUAAAAGCCCAUAAGAUCAAAAAGUUGCUCAAACGUGAGCUGGACAAAGACAAGAAACUCAAGAAAGUUCAUUCUCAUGGAAAGAUUUGGGAUGUGGAUCCGACCAAAAUGACCAUGGGAGACCUUAUCCAUUAUCUGCCAUUGUCUAACCCCAUGACGUCUGCUUUAGAGGAUUUGGUGCCAGAGAAUGAGACUGUGGUUCCACCUUCCCCAGGAAGGGAGGAGUCACCAGAGAGAGCUCAGGAACCUGAUGUUUUACCUAAAACAUCCAGCCAGAGGGAGGAGGAAGAGGAAGAACAGGAGGAGCCUCUCAUGGUUCCAAGGGUCAGAGUUGCAGAAGAUGGCUCACUGGUGAUCGAUGAACAGAGUUUGAUGGUGGAGGUCCAGAGAGCUAAAGGUCCAAACCCAGCACAGGAUAAAGAACCAGUCUUUGAGCGAGGCUCUACUACAACUUACUCAAGCUAUAGGGAAUCAAACUACUGCAAACCCUGGUCCAGUGAAGAGACAGACAUGUUUUUUCUGGCCAUUAGCAUGGUGGGGACAGACUUUUCCAUGAUUUCUCAACUGUUGCCUCACAGAAAAAGAUCAGAGAUCAAGAACAAGUUCAAAAAAGAAGAGCGAGAAAAUGUUUGGAGGGUUGAUAAAGCUUUCAGAGAGAAGCGCAGUCUGGACAUUCAUUACUUUUCAAAGCUGCUAGAGAAGAUUUUGGAAGUUCAGAAGAAUAAGAAGAAGCUGAAAUCAUUGUCUGUGAAAAAAUCCUCAACAAAACCCAAGAAAAAAGCGACUGGCAAAAAAGCUGCACGAAACCUGAGUGAUGUGGAGGAGGAAGAUGAAAAAGAGAAUGAAGUCCUUGACUUGGAAAAGGAGGAAGGAGAAAAAGAGAAUGGAGACGUCGGUGAUGAGGAAGGAACCUCAAUUUCUGUGCCCAAGGAAAAACAUAAAAGGAAGAAAAAGAAGGAGGCCACAAAUGAAAAGACAAACAGCAAGAACAAGAAAAUGGGUGACAAUUGUCAUUCUGAAGGGGAGGCCUGCAUUCCUGAAGACACUGAAGCAGCUCUUCCUGAGGACAGUACAGUUUCAGAUAGGCCUGAAAAUUGCAGUGGUGAGAAUCCAGAGCAGGAUGCUGCAAUCAAGCCAGCUAAGCUCUCACGAAGCAGAACAACAAAAGUGCAGCUGCCGCUGAGCAGGAAACUGGGCAGAAAAUCUCUACAGCCGUCCAUAAAGCCCAAAGGUGGUGAAAAGGAAGACGGCGUGAUCGCUGGAACCUCUAAAGAGCAGGUUGAUAAAGACCCGUCACCUUUUAGGCCAGAAAAUGACCUGAAGACAAGCAGCAAAGACGUCUCCUCUGAAGAUGAAGACUGUUCUGUUCAGCCCCAGAGACCUACCAGAUCGGGGAGAGUGCCUAAACCUGUUGAGCACUUAAAUUACCCUGCCAAGGAGGAUGCACACUCCUCUGCAUCUGAAAGCACCCCUGGCGCUUCCUUUCCAAUAUUUCCCUCUCGCUCUGCCAAGAGGGCGAGACAAUCAGCGCAACCACCUGCUCGUGAGCCCAAAAAACCCAAACUUGUCACACUCAGAGCUUCCCAGACAGAAUACAGUGAUGAGGAGGAAGAAGAUUUUGAUGAGGAUCCGCAGUCGGCGUCGUGCUUCAUCAGGGACAGCAGUGCUCCUGCAUUUGUCCCUGCCACUCUACGCUCGCCACUGCCAGUGUUUGCAGAGGUGGAGGAGACCGUGGAGGAGCUUGAUAUCUUGUCCAGUAUGGCUGAUAUGUUGAGCUUUGCCCAAGAUGCUCUGUGCCCUGAUGCGACGGGCACAGCAGAGCCAUGUGAGCAUCAUUUGGACCUCCAAGUUGAUGUUGUAGAGUUCAUGUCUUCAGAAAAUACAGAUGUAUCUGAGCAAGAAAGUUACAAUGAUGCUGCUCAAACUUUGUUGACGAUUGGCAAUCCUGCUCAUUUAACUUCUCAACAAACUCAGAUAACCUCACAAGAUCAUCCAGCAGGGCCAUCUGCAGUAAUUAUGAAUAAAACCAUCCAACUUAAAAAUCAUUGUAGCAAAGAGAUUGUGUCACGCUGUCCUUCCCAAGAACACAACAGUCCUGCUGAGAUUGUAGGCUGUGGUUCGAGAGUCAUGGAAACACCACAGUCUACCGACGCAAUGGAAAUGGAAACUGCCCCAACCAGCAAUGAUUUAAUAUCUCAGUUUCAGGAUAUGUCUGUUGUUGAAGCUCCUGAUCUGACAUGUAGUGAGCAGAAGACUGUUUCUGAUGUUGAUGCUAAGCCUCAAGCAGAGUCAAAUAGAGGGUCCUCAGAAAAAAUAUCCAGUCAGAACACCACGAGAGGACGUUUGUUCAGAGUGAAACCAAAACCUAACCUUGACGCACGCUCAAGGGUUGCACAAUCAAAGUUGCAACCAUCUACUUCCACUAUAACCCCAGAAGACCACAGUACCACCAUUGCACUUGAAAUCACUGCAUCUCAAACAGGUACUGAGAAAAUAAUUUCAAAGGCAGGAGAUUGUAGUUCAGUGUCCUUAGAAGAGGACAUUCCUUGCACUGAACUUAGCCUUACAAAAGAGUCAUCGGUGGCUGAUGCUGUGGAUCUUUUUCAGUUAGAAUCCUGCUUAGAUCAGGGUUUAUUAGAAAAGCAUUGUGUCACCCUUUCUGAAGGACAGUGUGAACCAGAUUUGAAGCCGGUUUCCAGAAAUUCAGAUGCAAAUUCAGAAACAGUGGAUGAAAACCUGAUCUUCCAUGCCAGUGCAGCUGGAACAUCUAAUUCAUCUUUUACACAAUCAGACAUUGGACAAGUGUCAGAUGCCAUUUCAGUCCCAGUUAGGGUGUUCCAGAGUCAGAAAGAAGAGAAUGAAGUUGGAUCCCCGUGCCAGACCAAGAAAACACGUUUCCAUAAGGUUAAACCCAAACCCAACUUGGCAUUGAAACCAAGAGCUGUACAUUCCAAACCUCAAACCACAAUGGAUACUGUUGCACUUACGGAAUCUUUGACAAAAUCCUCAAGCCCAUUAUCAAACCCUGAACAUGCUGUCAAAACAAUAGAGGAAGUAACUGUCCCUGAUGUCGCCAUGCAUGAACAGCCAUGUCAGAGUUCUGCUUCUGCUUCAGUGUUGAUCCCACCAGUGGAAAUAGGAUCUGCUCAUAUGGCAGAGGAAUUAGCUAAGGCUGAUGGUGAAACAACAGAUGUUGUACUUGUCGAUUACACAGACUCAACUUCAGCAGCAGCUGAAAAAAUUAUACCUCAGAAACGACAACGCUUUUCAAGGCUCAAACCCAAACCCAACCUUGGAUUAUCCUCCAGAACGACACAGCUAAAAAAGGAUAUUGGUAAACUGCCAACAUCUGAAAUCACCGACAGUCAGUUUGUAGAUCUUGACUCUAUUCCUGAAAAUAAGAGCGGCGAUGAAAUGUCAGUAAUAAGAUCCACAGGGGACAUGUCAAGUCCACACAAUGUAGAUGCUGGACCUGCUUCACAAGAGGACAGCAAGGGGCAAACAUCCAUCAGAAGUACAGUGUCAACUAAUGAACCAACAGACAAUCUUCCUACAGUCUCACAGCCUUCAGAACAUAGCACCAUCGAGUCAAAUGUCAAGUCUGCACUUAUUGCUGAUGUUCACGCUGCACCAAAAAACACCCAACAGAGAUCUACAGAGGUGAAAAGUCAAGAUCCAGCCCAACAUUGUCCUGAAGCUAGUGGAACUAAUCAAAGCACCUCAGACCGUUCUGAGGACAGACUCAGAAAUAAUGUUCAGCCAGAGGUCGCUGGGUCAUCAAGAAAACCUUGUAGGGGCCGACUUCUGAAACCCAAACCCAACCUGGCAUCCAGGGCUAGACCUCCACAACUUAAAAAAGUAGUAGCAGAUUCUGCUGCUUGUGAAGAAGUCAGGCAGGAUGCAGUUUCCCAAAAACACAUACCUGAACUCGUUCGUAACAUUGAAGGACCAAAAGAAGGCACAAGCGCACAGCUCAGCAAUAAAGGCCCCCUUACAAGUAGUGCUGGGUCUCUUUUGGGCUGUGAGACCCAGGUAUCAGCAGAUUGUAGUCUGUAUGCAACUACAUCAAAUGAAGAAGUGACCCAGAGUUUUCCAAGUCUGGCAAUAUUUUCAGACAUGCUGCCAAAGCCCCUCCCUUCAGACCCAGAUGAACCAUUUUUCAUUCUGUCGCUGACUGAGGUUCCAGUUAGCAGUGCAGCGGAGGUGCUGGAGAGUGGGCUGGAACCUGUCCCUUAUCUCUGUGCAGCAGAUACACCGACGGAGCAAAAGAGUCUUGUUCCUGGAGAGAGUUUGGCAGCAAGAGAAGACAAGACCAUCUGUUCUGAUCUUAUGCCAAAGGAGGAGCGUGGUGAGACACGCUUCACCAGUGUGAAUGAUACGAGGCAAGACGUAACUUCAGGUGCAGCUGCAGAGGAGCUAGUUGAUCCAGAAGAGAGCAGCACGGCGCCGCAACCCAACUUGCCAGAGACUGCAGACAACAGCGAUCAGCUUGAUUCAACAAGUCACAGCCUAAGAAGCACCAGGAAAAGAGUCCAUUUGGAGAUGAAGCACAUCAGUACAAGAAAGAAACAAGCCAGUGAGCCCGUUGCUCAUAAAGAAGUAGAACUGAGCCGCAUGCAAACAAACACAACCGGAGGAUCAGCGUGUUUCUGCCCCGCUGUGCCACCAGAAUCCUUUGAAGCAUUAGCAGCAAGCCAUGAGGUUCAUAUUGAUCCACAGAAAGGAAGCACUGAUCAUGACAUUGAAAAGGAGGCUGUUAAGGCAGCAGAGGACAAUGAAGACACCAGUAUAGGAAAACGGACACAGACUCAUCAGACUCUGAAAACACGAAACAUUAACAGAAAACCCAAAGAAUUCCUUCCCUUCCUGUCCAAGAAGACCAGCAGGCCCACAUCAGAUGUCCGUCUGCAGGAGAUGGCAGCGUCCUUGGACCAUAAGGGUAAAGCUCUAUGCAGAAGAAGAAAGCUGUCCACCCCAGCACUGCCAGCUUCAGCUUCACACGCAGAUGCUGCCACCUGCAGUGGGGCAGACAAAUCAGAGGAAACCCGGCUGACAUCGACCACUACCCCGACACAACCAAACACGGAUGUGGAGCAGACCGCUAAGGCCAGACCACAAUCAAGAUCAAGCCCGACAGCCAGCACCUCUCUGUGUGCACCUCAGGUUCCACCUGCCCAGAAUGACGGCACAGAGGGCAGCUCACCAGAAGGAGAGUCCAUCAAUGUGUCUCAAGAACCGGAAGGUCAGCUGAUAUGCUGGAUUGAGGAGCUACAGGCGUAUAACUUCACCAUGGUUCACAGGCCAGGGGCGCAUCACGGGAACGCCAAUACCCAUUCGCGCUGCCCCUACAGCACCGAUGGCUGCAGCUGUUCUGAGAAAAGAGAGGCUUGGGAAGGUGAUGAGCUACAGCCUGAUGUGAACUGUGCUGCAGUGGGUCCAGGUGCCACACCAACGGAUGUAGGACUGACAGCUGUUGGCGCUGCCGAUUGGCAGCGUGGGCAAGAAGCGGAUGUUGACAUAAAGCCGGUGCUCACGUGGGUGGUGGUACCAAAGGACUCUCGUCUGUUUCAAGCACUGCGCCUUUCUGAUGAAGGGUACAGAGAGGUUGGAAGGACCAACGACGGAAGAGACACCGGCAGAAACAACAGUCCUGCUGAGAUUGUAGGCUGUGGUUCGAGAGUCAUGGAAACACCACAGUCUACCGACGCAAUGGAAAUGGAAACUGCCCCAACCAGCAAUGAUUUAAUAUCUCAGUUUCAGGAUAUGUCUGUUGUUGAAGCUCCUGAUCUGACAUGUAGUGAGCAGAAGACUGUUUCUGAUGUUGAUGCUAAGCCUCAAGCAGAGUCAAAUAGAGGGUCCUCAGAAAAAAUAUCCAGUCAGAACACCACGAGAGGACGUUUGUUCAGAGUGAAACCAAAACCUAACCUUGACGCACGCUCAAGGGUUGCACAAUCAAAGUUGCAACCAUCUACUUCCACUAUAACCCCAGAAGACCACAGUACCACCAUUGCACUUGAAAUCACUGCAUCUCAAACAGGUACUGAGAAAAUAAUUUCAAAGGCAGGAGAUUGUAGUUCAGUGUCCUUAGAAGAGGACAUUCCUUGCACUGAACUUAGCCUUACAAAAGAGUCAUCGGUGGCUGAUGCUGUGGAUCUUUUUCAGUUAGAAUCCUGCUUAGAUCAGGGUUUAUUAGAAAAGCAUUGUGUCACCCUUUCUGAAGGACAGUGUGAACCAGAUUUGAAGCCGGUUUCCAGAAAUUCAGAUGCAAAUUCAGAAACAGUGGAUGAAAACCUGAUCUUCCAUGCCAGUGCAGCUGGAACAUCUAAUUCAUCUUUUACACAAUCAGACAUUGGACAAGUGUCAGAUGCCAUUUCAGUCCCAGUUAGGGUGUUCCAGAGUCAGAAAGAAGAGAAUGAAGUUGGAUCCCCGUGCCAGACCAAGAAAACACGUUUCCAUAAGGUUAAACCCAAACCCAACUUGGCAUUGAAACCAAGAGCUGUACAUUCCAAACCUCAAACCACAAUGGAUACUGUUGCACUUACGGAAUCUUUGACAAAAUCCUCAAGCCCAUUAUCAAACCCUGAACAUGCUGUCAAAAUAGAGGAAGUAACUGUCCCUGAUGUCGCCAUUGUUGAUCCCACCAUGGAAAUAGGAUCUGCUCAUAUGGCAGAGGAAUUAGCUAAGGCUGAUGGUGAAACAACAGAUGUUGUACUUGUUGAUUACACAGACUCAACUUCAGCAGCAGCUGAAAAAAUUAUACCUCAGAAACGACAACGCUUUUCAAGGCUCAAACCCAAACCCAACCUUGGAUUAUCCUCCAGAACGACACAGCUAAAAAAGGAUAUUGGUAAACUGCCAACAUCUGAAAUCACCGACAGUCAGUUUGUAGAUCUUGACUCUAUUCCUGAAAAUAAGAGCGGCGAUGAAAUGUCAGUAAUAAGAUCCACAGGGGACAUGUCAAGUCCACACAAUGUAGAUGCUGGACCUGCUUCACAAGAGGACAGCAAGGGGCAAACAUCCAUCAGAAGUACAGUGUCAACUAAUGAACCAACAGACAAUCUUCCUACAGUCUCACAGCCUUCAGAACAUAGCACCAUCGAGUCAAAUGUCAAGUCUGCACUUAUUGCUGAUGUUCACGCUGCACCAAAAAACACCCAACAGAGAUCUACAGAGGUGAAAAGUCAAGAUCCAGCCCAACAUUGUCCUGAAGCUAGUGGAACUAAUCAAAGCACCUCAGACCGUUCUGAGGACAGACUCAGAAAUAAUGUUCAGCCAGAGGUCGCUGGGUCAUCAAGAAAACCUUGUAGGGGCCGACUUCUGAAACCCAAACCCAACCUGGCAUCCAGGGCUAGACCUCCACAACUUAAAAAAGUAGUAGCAGAUUCUGCUGCUUGUGAAGAAGUCAGGCAGGAUGCAGUUUCCCAAAAACACAUACCUGAACUCGUUCGUAACAUUGAAGGACCAAAAGAAGGCACAAGCGCACAGCUCAGCAAUAAAGGCCCCCUUACAAGUAGUGCUGGGUCUCUUUUGGGCUGUGAGACCCAGGUAUCAGCAGAUUGUAGUCUGUAUGCAACUACAUCAAAUGAAGAAGUGACCCAGAGUUUUCCAAGUCUGGCAAUAUUUUCAGACAUGCUGCCAAAGCCCCUCCCUUCAGACCCAGAUGAACUUUUCAUUCUGUCGCUGACUGAGGUUCCAGUUAGCAGUGCAGCGGAGGUGCUGGAGAGUGGGCUGGAACCUGUCCCUUAUCUCUGUGCAGCAGAUACACCGACGGAGCAAAAGAGUCUUGUUCCUGGAGAGAGUUUGGCAGCAAGAGAAGACAAGACCAUCUGUUCUGAUCUUAUGCCAAAGGAGGAGCGUGGUGAGACACGCUUCACCAGUGUGAAUGAUACGAGGCAAGACGUAACUUCAGGUGCAGCUGCAGAGGAGCUAGUUGAUCCAGAAGAGAGCAGCACGGCGCCGCAACCCAACUUGCCAGAGACUGCAGACAACAGCGAUCAGCUUGAUUCAACAAGUCACAGCCUAAGAAGCACCAGGAAAAGAGUCCAUUUGGAGAUGAAGCACAUCAGUACAAGAAAGAAACAAGCCAGUGAGCCCGUUGCUCAUAAAGAAGUAGAACUGAGCCGCAUGCAAACAAACACAACCGGAGGAUCAGCGUGUUUCUGCCCCGCUGUGCCACCAGAAUCCUUUGAAGCAUUAGCAGCAAGCCAUGAGGUUCAUAUUGAUCCACAGAAAGGAAGCACUGAUCAUGACAUUGAAAAGGAGGCUGUUAAGGCAGCAGAGGACAAUGAAGACACCAGUAUAGGAAAACGGACACAGACUCAUCAGACUCUGAAAACACGAAACAUUAACAGAAAACCCAAAGAAUUCCUUCCCUUCCUGUCCAAGAAGACCAGCAGGCCCAUCAGAUGUCCGUCUGCAGGAGAUGGCAGCGUCCUUGGACCAUAA